GGAGGGGAAUUGAGGUGACGAAGCAAUUAGUUGAGGGGUCUCAGUUGGCUCAUCGAAAAAUAUUUCAUUGAGAGAAGAAGAAAAAAACUUCUCUUGAGCAAAAGAAAAUUUUAGUGAUUGGAAAAUUGUGUUGAAAUCUUGAAUGCAAAUGACUGGGAAGGUACUCGAAGUAGUGCUGCAAUGAAGUUUACAUGCGGCGGAUACACAUUCAACUCGGACUUUGAUUCGGGAAACCUUGGGAAAGUGCAGGUGGUGAGAGCCCCAAUUUCCGAGGAAAACAAAGGGAAUUUUUCCAGGGAAACGGAUGCUCAGCCCAUCCGGGCAGUGGCUGAUGCACCGCCUCAGGAUGCCGUUGUGGCGGAAUUUAACAUAUGGACAUGCCCAGAUUGUGGGGGGACACAGUAUGAGAACAGCAAUAGGACGUGGUUCUUCUUCUGUGUCCGCGGAGGACGUUCACUGGAUGUAGCGAAGUUCAAUGUGAUGAAUCUCAAUAGGCAGGCAAAGUUGUACAGUCAGGGGAUGCAUCCUGUGGUGAAGGUAGGCGCUAAUGGGAAGUGGGAGAGGAUUAAAGAUAAGCCCAGCUAUACCGUUGAGGAUGACAACUUCAUCGUCUCCUUCCUCCAUCGUGGGGGUGAGGACACGGAGCAGGAGUUCUUCUAUGCCUUCACGUAUCCCUACACCUACACCGAGCUGCAGAAUUACCUUUCACGCCUGGACAGGCGCUUCCGGAAGCGUCAAUUUGAGCUGAAAGUCAAACAGAUUGAGGGAGUGGCCAGCUCAAGUAAGGCCGAUGAGAUAGCAGCUGAGCGUCUGAAGGAACUGGAGAGUGCCUGUGCCAGUCCCAAUCUGAACGUGCUGCAUCUCAAUGAGGAGGAAUUCAAAUCAGAGAUCUACUUCUACCGGGAACUCCUGACGUAUUCCGUGGAGAAGCGUCGUGUGGAUCUCAUCACAAUCUCCUCGUAUCAUGGGAUCUCGGAGGAACGUGAGCAGCGUAUUGAGAAUCUCUUUCCGGAAAAGAUUCGACAUCGUUGUCAUACAUUUCCCAGCAAGAAGAUUAUUUUUGUAUCAUCGCGCGUUCAUCCCGGAGAGACUCCUGCAAGUUUCGUUCUCAAUGGAUUCCUCACGCUCCUGUUGGAUCGCAAAAGCUCCAUCGCGGCCACCCUACGACGACUCUAUGUGUUCAAAAUUGUGCCAUUUCUCAAUCCUGAUGGCGUCUACAAUGGGCUCUAUCGCUCCGAUACGCUCGGUCACAAUCUCAAUCGGGUCUAUCUCAAUCCCAAUCCCGACACCCAUCCAUCGAUCUAUGCUGUCAGGAAGUUGAUUAGGUUCUACCACUACGGCUGCGACAAGGCAGAGGGUGAGGAGCCCGAAAUAGCGGUGGGGACCACCUUCGCAGAGAGUGGCGUCGAAAAAAAUAGCAGCAGCAGCAAUUCCGACAAUGUCACGUCCAAUGAACCAUCGCCAGAGGCAUCCGAGCGAGAAGGCGAAGUCACACCAAAAGAAGCCCCUGAAAUAAGUCCGGAAAACACAAAUAAGGUUGAAGUAAUUGUGGAGAUGAAGCCACCACCACCACCACCGUGUCCCCCGUGUCCAGAAAAGUCCUCUUUACCUCCGCCAACAAAGGCGAUUCGACCGAAAAAGCCCUUCCAACUGACACCCAUUAAUCCCAACAAAGUUCCUCUGCAGAAGAAUCCCGGAAGUGGAGUGAAUGCCCGGAAAGAUGUGAAAAGUCGUGGAAUUAAAAAGGAUGCGAGUGCUGAGUCGGAGGAGAAGCCAAAUGAUUGUAGUAACUUGUUCCUCUACAUUGACCUCCAUGGGCAUGCGAGUAAGAAGGGGGUGUUCAUGUAUGGGAAUCACAUGUCAAACUCCACGGAGGCCAUUGAGUGCAUGCUCCUGCCGCGUCUUAUGAGCCUCAACUGCCAUCAUUUUCACUUUGACGCGUGCAACUUUUCCGAGCGCAACAUGUACCACAAGGGGAAACGCGAUGGGCUGUCCAAGGAGGGAUCCGGACGGGUGUCGGUUUUCAAAAUGACGGGUCUCAUCAAGAGCUACACACUCGAAUGUAACUACAACACCGGAAAGUGUGUCAAUGUCCUUCCGCCGCGGGGUAAGGAGUCAGCAUCGAAGGUUGUGAACCUCCUCCCGCCAAAGUACACCCCAGCAAUAUUCGAAGAAAUUGGUCGUGCUCUUGGUCCCUCAAUUUUGGAUUUGACAAACUCAAAUCCCCUGUCGCGUCUCGCGAACUCAGACUAUCGAUCACUGCAGGGAUUACGAAAUGCAAUGCGACUGGAGCUGGAGAAGACAUUCGCCAAGACAUCACACUCCACAUCAAGCUCAAGCGGUUCGGGCAAGGCAAAUCCCACUGUGAGGAAGACAAAAGUGAUAAAGAGGAGUGGUGUGAUGAACCCACCACCACCCCUUGAGAUAUCCAAGGAGAAUAAGGCGUACUGUAACCUGCAGAAUUGGGAGAAUCGAAGCAAUUUGAGCUUGGUGAUGGCACGUGGGGGUAAUCGCCUGAAUCUCCUCAAGGGGCAGCGAAAAGUCUUUGGGGGUGCUGCAAAAGUCAAUGCAGGUGCAUCAACAUCUAACCCAAAUCCCGCCCCAACGACAUUUGCAAAGAAGGUACCAAUGGUGAAGGGUGUUGUGAAGGAGACACACGCACAGAUACCGCCGAAGAGGAAGAAGGUUGUUGUUGGUGCAAAAAUGGACAAAGAACAAACUUUCCACCUUGAUCCCACAAAGAGUCUCACAUCGGCAUCAUCUCUGCCAAAUUUCUUUCCCACCCCAACGGCAGGGGAGCCACUGUACUUGUUGGACGUCAAAACGGCCACCGCCACGAAGGUUGAAACCACCCACAAGGAUGAUGAUCAUGCAAAGCCAUCGUGUUCCCAUGAAAAGCCACCGUUUUUGCAGAAAUUAAAGAAAACCCACACAUUUACGGUGUUACCCUCAACGAGCACUGCCACAACUUCUGGGUCCUCCCCUAAGGCCAGCAGCGGUGGGGGCAAGAGGCUACAGAAGUCAGCAACGGCAACACCGCUCAAGAUGAAGAGAUCCCUCAAGACGGAGCCGAAUAUUAAGAGAAAGAAGUGCCGCGUUAAGACCGUCUGGCACUAAAACUGGUGCAAUUUUACAUCCUCUCUCAGAGAUAUUUUCUAUAGAAUAUACAUUUAUUUUUUCUCCCCUCCCCGAUGAUCCCCCAGCAAAUGGACGAAACGUUGUUUUUUCAAGAAAAUACAAAGGUGAAGAUAUUCCUCAUAUUGAAAAACUUAUAUAUUGACUGUAAAUUAUGUUGACAUAUUGGAUAUUUUAAUAAAAUUCAAAACGUGCAAUUUA